AACUCAUAUACGUACAGUCAGGCGUGAUUUGUGGUGUUCGAGCGAGUCGUCUUGAUUCGGACCAGAUGAGUCGAGCGCAGAUUGAAUCAUUUGUCAUUUCUGCAGUAUGGCGGAGGACAAGGAUCCGGUGACUCGACUGAAGGAUCUGGCUGAGCUCAAAGACCAGCUGGAGGAGAUCCAGAAGAAGGUGGAGAAUGAGGUUCAAGCUGGGAUUCCUCAGGGUGGCUCUUUAUUAGCGUCUCCUUUCCUGAAAGGGUUCCUGGCUGGGUAUGUGAUUUCCAGACUGCGCUCCUCAGCCGUCUUGGGGGUGGCUUUGGGAACCUUGACAGGAAUCUACGCCGCUCAGAACUAUGAGGUGCCCAACAUUGAGACGAGCCUACGAGACUUCCUGAACUCUCUGAAGAAAGGGCCGAGCGAUUAA